AUGGGGCAGGGAGAGGUGUUGACUCCGGAGAAACAAGCUGAGAGAUUGAAGGAAGACGGCAAUUCCUACUACAAGAAAGAAAGAUUUGCAGCUGCUAUUGAUGCUUAUACCGAAGCGAUUGCGCUGUGCCCUAAUGUGCCCGUUUACUGGACUAAUCGCGCGGUUUGCCAUCGGAGACGCAACAACUGGAAGAAAGUUGAAGAGGAUUGUCGUACGGCUAUCAAGCUUGAUCCCAAUGCCGUUAAGGCGCACUAUAUGCUGGGACUUGCAUUACUACAGAGAGAAGAGUAUGCUGAAGGAGUGAGGGCUCUGGAAAGAGCAAUGGAGCUCGAAACAGGUGCAAACCCAACAGGAAAAAAUAUGGUGGAAGAAAUAUGGCAAGAGCUUGCAAAAGCCAAAUACAUUCUGUGGGAGAAAACAUAUACACAACGUUCAUGGGAAUUACAGAGCUUGAAAGAAGCUUGUGAGAAUGCUCUUAGAGAGAAGUACUUCCUUGAUGAUCAUCAAAGUGAAGGAUUUUUGGAUGAGACAGCAGCUGCCUGCAAUGCACAGCAGUUAGAUGAUCUGGACAAAGUGUUUAAGAAGGCAGGAGAAGAUGACGUUCCUUCGGAGGUACCUGAUUACCUUUGUUGCAAAAUUUCUCUCGAUAUCUUCCGCGACCCUGUUAUCACACCAAGUGGGGUGACAUAUGAGAGAGGAGUGAUUCUCGAUCACCUUCAGAAGGUGGGAAGGUUUGAUCCAAUCACACGUGCACCACUUGAACCAUCUCAGUUGAUUCCUAACCUGGCUAUAAAGGAAGCUGUCCAAUCAUAUCUACAGAAACAUGGCUGGGCGUAUAGGACAGACUGA